ACUUGUGAGUUUUUUUAAUUCGUGCUUACUUUUCUCUUCAAAAUUCAUAAUAUACACAAGUGUUUAACCAAUGAAACUCAUUGACAUUCUGCGCAUGCUCAAAGGAUCACAUCCAUGUUUAGAUAACGUGUAUUUACAUUACACUAUUGCCGAAUUUCCAGAAAAACAUUGUCCAUUAUUCGCGAAUUGCAAUACUUAGCUUGUGGAAUUACUACAAAAGUGAAAUAAUAUUGUUAUCGAAGAUGAAAUUUUAAAGUACAGAAGAAAUAUUAGUAAAUGUUUUACAUUUGCUUGUCGAAAUAAUCACAAAUUUGGUCAUUUUUUCUAAACAAAUAAGCAGCAAAUAUGACAGUAAUGGACUUCUUUGGGUGUGCUUUGUUGGCCUUUGGUCCACCACUGGCAAUGUUUACUUUUACUAUAGCAAUUGAGCCUAUUCGAAUCAUCACAUUAAUUGCCAGUGCAUUUUUCUGGCUUAUUUCAUUACUUUUAUCAUCGAUAGUAUGGUAUACAAUUAUUCCUUUACAAGGUUACUUGUCGAUUGGACUUAUUUAUUCAGUAUUUUUUCAAGAAAUUUUCAGAUUUUUGCUGUAUAAAGUAUUACGAAAAACUGAAAAAGGCUUAGAAAAGCUUACGACUGCUCAUGUCGCCGACAGUAGAGAUGUUUUUGCAUAUGUUUGUGGUUUAGGAUUUGGUCUUAUGAGCGGUGCAUUUGCCUUAACCAAUGUAUUGGCCGAUGCAAUGGGUCCUGGAACUAUGGGUUUACAUCAAGGCAACGAAUACUUCUUUUUAGUAUCAGCAGCGACGACGCUGUGUUUCAUUUUACUUCAUACUUUCUGGGGAGUUAUAUUCUUCUCAGCUCUGGAUAACAGGAACUGGUUUCAAAUAGCUUGGGUGAUUGGCUCGCAUAUGUUUGCUUCCUGCAUGACUUUACUUAAUAGUUACGAUCAUCAUGCAGCGAGCUUGUUUUCCGUAUAUGGUAUUUUAUUAGUUACAACGGCGGUUGCUUUCAACGUAGCCGGUGGUAGAGUACAGAAUUUAUUACAAUGCUUUAUUAAGCAGUGAUGAAGAAGAUUUUUACAUCUUUAAACGAGUACCGAAUAACUAUUUCAUGUUAUAAAUGUUUUAAAUAAUUAAAUCACAAGAAUAAAAAUACA